AUGUCUUAUCCCGAGAUGAAAGUCCUCAAAGCUUCUCACGAUGCCAUGACUCUCAGGAAGUUGGGGAGGACCAUCCUCCAGCACACGUCUGCCCACGGGAUCCCCAACAUCUUCCGCUCGAGGCACUGGCUCCGCCGGACGGUUUGGUUGUUCUUUGUCAGUUUCGCCCUGUGCUGUGCCCUGUGGCAGUGCACCGAGAUGGUCCUGACAUACUACACGUACCCGUCACACGAGAAGAUCAUGCUUAUCUCCAGCGCCAAGCUGAAGUUCCCGGCAGUCACCAUCUGCAACCUGAACAGCGUGAGGCUGUCCUCCAUCAAGCGUAGCUUCACCAUGGCCACCUCGCUCCAGGAUUCGGGACUGGAGUUGUCCCAUCGGAGGAACCGCUCCCACGGACUCAAUUCAUCCUCGGAGUUGGCGGACGAGCAGGUGCAGUACGCCAGCGCCUUCCACAAAUUCGCCUCCGAAUUCAACCAGCUCUCCGACGAGCAGAAGAUCGAGAUGGGGCACCAGCUGGACGACAUGCUCAUCUUCUGCAGCUUUCACGGCCAGGAGUGUAAUUCCAGUUUCUUCUCGAGGUUCAUUAAUUAUAAAUUUGGGAACUGCUAUACUUUCAACUCCCAGAAGCCCACGGAGGUCCGCGGGAACUCGAGCAACACUCAGCCGCUCAACAUAACGAAAGCCGGGUUCAUGUACGGGCUGCACUUGGAGUUGUUCAUCCAGCAGAUUGAGUACGUCCGCGACAUGACGCACGCUGCCGGCAUCCGACUCCUAAUCCACGACCAAUCGCAGAUGCCGUUCCCGGAGGACGAAGGAGUCAAUGUCCCACCUGGGGCGGAAACGGAAAUCGGAAUGAUGAAGGUUCAUAUAAACCGAUUAAAAUCCCCGUAUGGGAGUAAGUGCACCGAGGGCGAAAACAUCAAGAACUUCUACAAGGAUGUGUACGGCGCCGAGUAUACGAGGGAGGCGUGUAAGAGAACAUGCGCGCAGCAGAAUAUCAUGGAGAAUUGCGGCUGCAGCCACUGGGAGUUCGCCUGUCCUAAAGAGCUGAGGUUUCCCAAAUGUAAUCUCAGCAAAGCCGCAAUCCAUGAGUGCGUGAAGCUCUACGAAUUCAAGUUCGCUCACGAUGAGCUCAACUGUCACUGUCCGCUGCAAUGCAGAGAAGAACUGUACGAGCUGACGGUGUCCGGGUCACAGUGGCCGUCCACGGCUUUCAUUGAGAAUUUUUCCAAAGAGCUGAAAGAGAUGGGGGGGCAGAUGAAGGACAUCGCGGACAGCCCCGCUCUGAUCCGGGAUAACUUUGUGAAGGUCGUCGUGUAUUUCAAGCAGCUAAACUUUGAAUUAAUCGAGGAGGAGCCAUCCAUGACGGAAAUUAACCUGAUUUCUAACAUGGGGGGUCUCGUGGGCCUCUGGGUGGGCUUUUCCGUCUGCACGCUGGCCGAGUUCUUCGAGCUGUUUUUGGACGUCCUUCUGCUUUUUAUCCGGAGAUGCCUGAGGACGGCGGGAAGUAGGUCGGGAGACGCCAACCCCUACGUUCAGAAACAAGCCCCCAUUUACCUACAGAAAACCACCAACAUCUAGGGGGGGGCAGCCGCGCAUGGAGAGAACGAGCAGAAAAAGACCACCAGGAGCAAGAAAUAAGAGAAAUAUUAAGAAAUAAAGGAACUUUCUCCGCUCUGCCUCGAUCUAUACAGUUUAUUCCGGUUGCUUUGAGGGGGGGAGACGUUAGAUUUUUAGGGACCCUGUUCUAGAAGAGGUGCCGCUGGUUUUUACCAAAAACGUGAACUUUUCGAGCUUUAGGGCAUGCGCUAUCCUAUAGAGGAAGGUCAUGCGGCAACAAGUUCCCCAACUAGAGUAUAUAAUAACCGG